CGCAAAUCAGCAAUGGCGGAAUACGGCGGCCAUGGAGGUCGGCGUGAGGUAGCAGGGGAAGAAGAGAUGGAGAUGACUGCGGAAGAAGCUGCUGCGGAGAAGAAGUUGAAGGAGCGACAGAUAUCGUGGGGAAAACUACAUCGUGUGGACUCCCUCAACCUGGAGGCCGGCAGAGUCUCUGCAAUUUCUUCCUCCCACCCCUCCAAGGUGGAUUGGAAGGCGACGGUGAGCUUAGCUUUUCAGUGCGUGGGAGUGAUAUACGGGGACAUAGGGACCUCUCCACUCUACGUGUAUGCUAGCACUUUCAGCAACGGGAUCGGCCACAAAGACGACAUUAUUGGGGUGCUCUCCCUCAUUAUCUACACUAUUGUUCUCCUCCCACUCCUCAAAUAUGUGUUCAUCGUCCUUCGGGCAAAUGAUAAUGGCGAUGGUGGAACAUUUGCACUGUAUUCCUUAUUAUGCCGAUACGCGAAGGUGAGCUUAAUUCCAAAUCAGGAGCCAGAGGACAGGGAGCUGUCCAACUACAGCCUAGAAAUACCUUCAAACCAGCUGAGACGGGCUGAAAAGAUUAAAGAAAAGCUGGAGAACAGCAGAACUGCGCAAGUAGUGCUUUUUCUUGUCACCAUUCUCGGGACUUCCAUGGUUAUUGGAGAUGGAGUACUAACUCCUUGCAUUUCAGUUCUUUCUGCAGUGAGUGGCAUCAAUUCCCUAGGCAAAGAUGCUGUUGUUGGGAUUUCAGUGGCAAUCUUGAUCAUUCUUUUCUCUGUUCAGCGAUUCGGAACUGAUAAAGUGGGGUUCUCAUUCGCUCCGAUUGUAUGCUUGUGGUUUUUGUUCAUUAGUAGCAUUGGCCUUUACAAUUUAUUCGAGCAUGGUGUGGGUGUUUUGCGUGCUUUCAAUCCAUAUUACAUCAUAGAUUACUUCCAAAGAAAUGGUAAACAAGGAUGGGUAUCCCUUGGUGGAGUUGUCUUGUGCAUUACAGGGACUGAGGCCAUGUUUGCUGAUCUUGGUCACUUCAGUGUCCGUGCAGUACAGAUUAGUUUUUCUGGCAUUGUGCUUCCUGCAAUACUAGCUGCAUAUAUUGGGCAGGCAGCAUACCUCACCAAAUUCCCUGAUGAUGUGCGAGAUACUUUUUACAAGUCGAUCCCACAUCGGUUGUACUGGCCAACAUUUGUUGUGGCUGUUGCUGCCGCCAUUAUAGCCAGCCAAGCAAUGAUAUCUGGAGCAUUUGCAAUAAUUUCCCAAUCUCUAAGCAUGGGCUGUUUUCCUAGGGUUAAGGUUGUUCGUACUUCAACCAAGCAUGAGGGUCAGGUUUACAUACCGGAGGUCAACUACAUGCUUAUGAUUGCUUGUGUUAUAGUCACUUUGGUCUUCAAGACCACAGACAAGAUUGGUAAUGCAUACGGGAUUGCUGUCGUAGCUGUGAUGCUUAUCACAACAAGUAUGGUUGCUCUCAUAAUGCUUGUCAUAUGGAAAACAAGCAUAUGGUGGAUUUCUUUGUUCUUUGUGGUAUUUGGAUUCAUAGAGGUGGCAUACUUCUCAUCUGUUCUAUACAAAUUCACUCAUGGUGGGUUCCUUCCAAUGGCAUUUUCUGCCGUCCUAAUGACGGUCAUGGGGAUCUGGCAUUAUGUUCACAAACAAAAAUACAUGUUCGAGCUUAGGAACAAGGUUUCUAGUGAGUACAUAAGAGAACUAGCCAAGAACCCGAGUGUGAACCGGGUUCCAGGAAUGGGAUUGCUCUACUCUGAGCUUGUUCAGGGCAUUCCUCCUAUAUUUGCUCACUUCAUCAGCAAUGUACCAUCAAUCCAUUCAGUUUUGGUUUUUGUCUCCAUCAAGUCCAUUCCUAUAAGCAAAGUGGCAUUGGAGGAGCGGUUUCUAUUUCGACAGAUAGAGCCACGAGACUCCCAAAUGUUCCGCUGCAUUGUGCGGUAUGGAUACAAUGAUAAGGUUGAGGAAUCGGGGGUGUUUGAGCACCAAUUAGUGGAACACUUGAAAGAAUUCAUCCGCCAUGAACGCUACAUUCUUGAAGGAGGGCCAACUGAACAAACAAUUGAGCCGGUGAGCGUUGAACAUUCAACUGUACAAGUAAGAAGAUCAAGCUCAUCAACAAUUCAAUCUGAGGAAUCACGACAACCCUCUGACCGACCUAACGUUUCGUCGGGAUCCAUUCAAUCUAUUAGUAUUCCGAAGUUGAUAAAUUCUGGACCCAUCCUGGGAGCUGAAGAGGAGAUGCAGUUUGUGCAGAAAACCAUGGAGAAGGGUGUGGUCUACUUGCUGGGAGAAGCCGAAGUUGUGGCAGAACAGAAGUCAUCCUUGGUCAAGAAGAUGGUUGUCAAUCAUGUUUACAGUUUCUUAAGGAGAAACUUCAGGCAGGGGGAGAAAGUAAUGUCCAUUCCCCAGAGCAAGCUUCUCAGGGUUGGAAUGACUUAUGAGAUAUGAGAUGGCACUUGUUUCUAAAACCAUAUAUAAGGUAAGUGUGUCUUCACUUACUAACUAGUUUGACAAAUGUAAAUUAAACAAAUGUGAUAAGCAUAAAUCAUAAAUAUGUGUAUGUUCUAUGUGGAUUAUACAAGAGUAUUGGUUUGUUU